AUGAACAGAACAAUCACCAACAUAUUCUCUUCCUCACCGUAUCCCACUGCAAUACAGACAUCACUGGAAGCUCUAGCGACAAUAGCGCGUUUCGACAGCUCGGGAAGAUUCGUUGCAGCAGGAAGAAACGACGGUCUCGCCGUCAUCUGGGACUUGGACACCAAAGGCCCGGUGCGGUGGCUGGAGGGGCAUGUCAAGGGUAUCACAAGCGUAGACUGGUCAAAGAACUCGCGAUAUGUUCUGACCUCCUCCAAGGACUGGAAUGUGAUCAUUUGGGACCUUGCCUCGGAAACCGACCCUCCGCGCCGCCAAGCUACCAUCCGGUUUGACGUCGUCGUGCUCUCUGCGUCUUUCCAUCCGAAAAACAGCAAGAUAAUUCUUGUCGUGCUGAAUAGCUACGAAGCGUUUCUGGUGGACCUGCGCAAGGAGUAUAAAGGGCGAUACGAACUUUGCGAGUAUCAGGAAGAUGAGGAGUGGAGGGUCGGCGUUACCACGGCCAGGUUCGACCCUUCAGGAAGGCACAUAUUUGCCGGCACGACGCAAGGGCACAUUCUCGUAUUCAACACACGCACAAAAACGAUCGUAGCUCGUCAUAAAGUUGCGGGUCUAGGUGCGGGUGUGACAUUUCGAGGCUUCGAGUUCACGCCCUCGGGGAGGAGAUUGGCGACGAACUCGUCCGACCGUGUAUUGCGACAGCUGAGCCUCCCGCUCUAUCCCACUCCCACCACCGACGACUACAUCGAGUCCGAGCUUGAACCCAGCCUGCGCUUCCACGACCCCAUCAGCAAGGUGUCCUGGCAUGCGAUGUGCUACAGCCCUGACGGACAAUGGCUGGCAGGAGGCGCUGCCGACGACGCGUCCCACAAGAUUUACAUCUGGGAACUGGCGCGAGAAGGCCUCCUCGCGAACACCUUGGAUGGCGGUCGCGAACUGUUGACAUACGUCCACUGGCACCCCAGCAAGCCCGUCAUCGCCUCGGUCACCAAUCAAGGCAACAUCUUCAUCUGGCACACCCCGACGACAGAGCGAUGGGGUGCGUUCGCCGGCGGUUUCACAGAGGUGGACGAGAACGUCGAUUAUGAGGAGCGCGAGGACGAGUUUGAUAUUGAGGACGAAGCGGAGAUAGCUCGUCGCAAGAUGCUUGAGGAAGAAGAUCACGUCGAUAUCGAGACCGAGAUCGUGGGGGAAGCUGUCAACGGCAACGCAGAUCACGCAAAAAUGAACAGUGACCAAGACGAAGAUGCCCUCUGGGCUCUCGAAGAGCCCGAGGACGAUGACAAAGAGUGGCGUCUGAAGGUUUUGACCGAGGACGACGAGUACUAG